AUGACGAUAGCACCCACGCUCACUGCACCCGCUGCUCCAUCAGGCUCUACCCUCCACAACAUCCUCGCCCCCGACACACGUGUCAAGGUAUCAUCUGGUACCUCGAAAGACGGCAAAUCCAUCCUCGACGCUUCCAGUGAAACAUGUUGGACCUCGGACAACCUUCCUCCCAACAGCGACCCUUCGACGUCGCUCCACUCGAUCUCUUUCAAACUCAGCACUUCAAUCUCUCUGUCGAAGCUGCACAGUCUAUCGCUCACAUUUGCCGGAGGGUUUAGUCCCAUGUCGUUCGACGUUUUGGCUAGCCAAGACGGUAAAAAUUGGUCGGCUGCUGUGCCAGAAGAGUUGUUUCCGAUGGACGCCAACGCCAAGCAGUAUUUUCUCAUCGAUUCACUGGAGGAUACUCAAGAAGUUCAGUGGUUGAGGUUGCAGCUCAAGGGAAGCACAGACGACUACGGCAGAGUGAUCGUAUAUCAAGUCCAGCUGUUUGCACAUUGA